AAAAAUAUCUAAAUAUUUUUCAGACAUCACAUCGUAGGUCACAAUUAUAAUAAGUCUAUUUUGGAUUUAUAAUGAAAUAUCUGUAAUUAAUAUGUUUAAUAAGUUGUUAAUUUUAUGUUCAGUGUUACUGUGCAAGUUCGCUUCAUGUGAUUCAGUUACGCCUUUAGACAAAAAUGUAGGAGAUAAACAAUUUAUAUACAAUACGUACAAAUAUGACAGUUUGAUCAAUGUUGUGGUCAACAAUGAGACUGAGCAGAUAAUGGACUUUUCCGAGGAAUCCCCGUUAUACAGAGGGUUCCCGACACGAGUGCACGUCUCAACCAACGACACGGUCAGUGUAGAUCAUCCCAUCUUCAUCACUGCCACGCAGCAGAAAGGAGUGUCGUCAUGGGAGCUGCCGCUCCAGGUGUCCGCGGCGCAAUCCUCAAUGCUUUACACCAACAUGGCGCGCACGCUGUGCCCACACGACGCCGGCCCAAAUAUAACAUACGUGAAUCGUCCGCAACUGACGCUGUCGACGUUCAGCGCGAGCAACGUCAGCGUAAAUGUCAAAUUACGACGGGUUGUCGACUUCUUUGUGCCGCUUGACCAGGAGGUAUCAGUGGUGGCCACACCGAGCACCCCCAAGUAUUUCUAUUUCUCCUUCGACAGCGAACCACCGGACAACCACACCAGGAGGCAACAUCUACUACCAAGAUUCAACUACACGAUGCCGAAGAGCGUGAUACUUAUAGUGGAAUCGGAUAACGACGUUUGCGCAUUGAUCUCUAUACAAAACAACUCGUGUCCGGUAUUCGACAAUGAAAAGGACGCCUUAUAUCAAGGGUACCACCAAACCAUGACUAUUAAAGGCGGGAUCACCCUCACUCAAAAUAUGUUCCCGUCGGGUUUCUACGUAAUGUUCAUAGUCAAACAGACAGAUGACGAAUGUGUCGGCGCCAAUGACGUACUACCAUCGCCUGACACACUGACCAGCUUAGGAAACAGGACGAAACACUUUAGGUUUCGUGUGAUCGCAACAAUAUCAUACAAGGAAUACGUUAUCGGCGCUUUGGUCACUCUAGCUCUGAUAUUCCUUGUGGCUAUUUUAGUCACUAUAGUUGCUUUACCGGCCUUCUCCUGUGCGCCACAAGCAAUCUUGAUUCCUGUCGAGGAUCCCAAUGCUGAAGCGCCAGGACCAUCGGGCUCUGGAGAACCGCCGCCCGCUACUUCGUCUAACAAAGUGAAUGACUCCGACGAAGAUUCCCUGUCAGACUCGAUUCCCGAAUGGCCCGAACCGCUAGCUCCGUUGACGGUGGCCGGUCUCAGUCGAGCCAAGCCCCGCGCUCACAAUCGAUGGUCUGAUAGAUAUUUCUGGAGCGCUUUGACAGUAGCAGUGGUAUACGCACUACCUGUAAUACAACUACUUUAUACAUAUCAACGUAUGGUGUUCCAAACAGGCAAUCAAGACUUGUGUUACUACAAUUUCUUGUGCGCUCACCCGCUUCCCGCCCUCCAAAUGUCCGACUUCAACCAUGUUCUAUCUAAUAUAGGAUAUGUAAUAUUGGGUCUUACGUUUAUGCUUCAAGUGAGGGUUAGGCAGAGGAAUCCACCUUUACCUGGUUUAGGCAUAUCUCAACACAGUGGGUUGUUUUAUUCCAUGGGCUUAGCUUUGUCUAUGGAAGGUCUGCUGUCAGCUUGCUACCACCUGUGUCCCAACAAAAUGAACUUUCAAUUUGACUCGUCGUUCAUGUACGUGAUAGCUGUGAUAUCGAUGGUGAAGUUGUACCAAAAUCGUCAUCCGGACGUGAAUGCCAGCGCUCACGCUACUUUUAUGUUGCUCGCGUUGCUUAUCGUUAUAGGUUUGUUCGGGAUAAUGUUUCCAAGCGUUUGGUUCUGGGUGUUCUUCACGAUACUUCACUUGAUGACGUGUCUUGUGCUCACAGUUAACAUAUACUACGUGGGACAGUUUAAAUUAGCAGAGUGGGCGCGCCCGCGAUGCGUGUGGUCGGCGCUGCGCCGGCGCCGGCGGCCGCGCUACGCGGCGCGCGCGCUGCUGCUGGCGCUGGCUAACGCCGCCAAUUGGGCUUUGGCUGCUUAUGGUCUCUACAUGCACAAGCGCGACUUCGCUCGCCAUCUAUUAGCCAUAUUGAUGGGCAACACGAUACUGUACACGUGGUUCUAUGUGGCGAUGAAGCUGACCAAACGGGAGAAGGUGGCGCCACCGGCGUGGGUGUACUUCGUCGGCGCUCAUGUUGCUUGGUUCGUCGCCGGGAAACUGUUUCUGGACUCUAGGACUAAGUGGUCGGAAAGCCCCGCUCAGUCGCGUCGCCACAACGCAGUGUGCUCAGCGCUACAAUUCUACGACUCCCACGACCUCUGGCACGUUGCGUCAGCAGCUGCGCUAUAUCUAUCCUUUAAUCUACUUUUAGUUAUCGACGAUCCCUUGAAAAAUACUCCGAGAGAUUUGAUACCAGUGUUUUAAUGGCAAAAACAAAGUUUUUUUUUUACAAAAGUGUCAUUUUUUUCUCUGACGACAAUAAAAGCUUGUAAAAUCACGCAACAGCGUUUUAACAUGACUCAUAGCGCCAUCUGUUGUUGUAUUUGUACUUUAUGUUACCAUUAAGAACGAUUGUUCGAUAAAGACUCCCAAGAGAUUAGACAACGAUGUUUUAAUAGUGAAAUGUCGCAACCGCGUUUUAAUUUGACUCGUAGCGCCAUCUGUGGUUUAUUUUGUAAAUUAUGUUAUCAUUGAUAAAUUAUUGUCCGAUUAAUACUCGGACGUAAUUACUAACUAUUAAAAAACACUGACGACAUGUAUACAUGAGACUGUUUUUUUAGCUUAAGGUAUGUUUAUUAAAAAACAAAGUAAAGUUACCUAAUUACAUUUUAUGAUUAAAAAUUAAAAAAAAAGAUAAAGUCAAAAUAUUUGUUCAGAAAAUUAAAUAAUAUAUAUAAUAGUUACAUGUAGCAUACGGCAGUUACGUGCCCCAUCCUCUCGCGUAACUGUAAAUCACAACCACAUUACUGAUACCCCCCCCUUGAAAUAAAUGGGCUACCUACUUAAGACAGGAUUCAAAUUAAAUAUUACCAUAUACAAUAUUUAUUUUUACCUGUAUAAUUGUCGUAAACAUACCCAAUCAUUUGAACAAGUUACAAAUUGUGUAUUUUGUAGAUACACGAGAUUACAAUAUAUUGAUUGAUUGAUUGAUUGAUUUAUUGAUUAAUUGAUACGUGGAUUGUAUCCGUGAGGCUAAUAGUCACAGUUGUCAAGGAAGUGGAAAAAAACGGAUUUUAAUUGAUUGCCAUUGCAAUAUCAAAUAGAAUGUACACGAUUGGUUGAUAAACGCCAAGUGUUGCCAGCCGACAGGAGACAGCGGCCACAUUUAUUUUUAUCACUUUCUUGACAGACUGUAUUAUACUUGUGUCUGCUAUUAACAAUGUUUUGAUACAAGAUAAAAAUAUAUUGCUAUCUCUUUCAUCUGUGGUCCGCCCUUUCUUAUAUAUUGCGAGGUAUAUAGGUAUAAAGUAUAUAGGUGUAACGUCAUCGUAUAGUUAGAUAUUACACCGUGAAAAGAGAGGUAACAGAUGAAUGAGAUAGCAAUAUGAAUAAUUGACUGGAAUUUGUAUCAAUAUAUUUUUUUGCUGGACGUUUCAUAUAUUUCUCCACGGUCUUUCUGUCCAGUGUGCAUAUUAAAUGUUUUUAACAGAGCCGGCUCCUAUACUACCUAUACCUAUUGCUUCAUGAUUGUAUUCAAAGUUAUAGUAAUGGCUGUGAAUUAUUUUGAGACAAGGUACAAGAUUAUUUGCAAAGCACCACCUACCUCGCAGCGCUUGAAACCUGGUAGGGUGUGACCAGAGUUGUGUUUCCGCCCAGUUUCUACCCAAACAGUCCGACGCAAACCCAACUAUAAGAUGAGCUUGCGCCGCCCUGUUUGGGAAAAAACCGAACAAAUACUGGACGUAAACCCACCUAUAGAUGUGACGCAAAUCGUCCCAUUCGCAUCUCGUCCAAAUCGCAAUUUGUCCCAUUCUCAAGUCGUCCCAUUAUCAAUUCGUCCCAAUCUCAACUCGUCCCGUUCUCAAGCCAUCCCAUUCGCAACUCAUCCCAUUCGCAACUACCUGUUGUAAAAUAUAAAUGGGACGAAUUUCGAUAGUGUGACGGCUUGCUUCAUACCCAGCUGAGCACAUGAACCGUAACGUUUUUUCUACGAGUUUGAUAAUAAAACUUUGAUAAUUUUUUUUUUUUUAAUAUAUUUAUUUACUAUUGUCCUGCCCUUAUAAUCGUAUAACUAUGUUAGCUUUAAAUCAUUUAGAUGUUAACGCCUGCGCAUUAGCGCAGCCGUCCCACCUCACCCGCGAUCCACAUUGAGUGUUUAGCAUUAGAACGUACAAUUAAACAGAUUUAACUAAUUAUCAAAACUCGUCAAAUCAAAUCAUUAAUUCAGAAAUUAGACCUUCACAGACACGUUUUCACGUCAAAUUUUAUAUUAUAUAGUAAUUUCUCAGAAGCUACAAACUAUUGGCGAUGUCAGCUAUCUAGUCGUGCGCGAGUGUUGGUGUUUUAAAAAUAAUACUGUAUAUACAAUUAAUUAGGGUGUCUUAACACCCUGUAUAUAAACUUAGCUAUAGACUGACAAAGUUUUACUAAGCUUCGACUAUAUUUUAUAUAGCUUCUUAUACUACUCCUUCAGUUUUAUUCAAGACCUUUUUCAUGAUGAGUUCGUUUCGACAACUCGCUUUCAUUAACAAUAGAUUACUAUUAAUUUAAAAUGUCUUCAUAAAUCACUAUACUUUUAUGUGCUUUGUCUGUUUAUAAUAUAUUUUAUUUAAUAUUAGAUAAUGUAAAUCGAAGCCAAAAUCCAUAAAUAUUGGCGUAAAAGAAAAUGAAUGGUUUCUUUGAGAAUACCUUUUCCUUGUAGUUCCAAGUUAUCAAAUAUUUAUAAUCUAAGCAGAUUUUGUACAAAUAAACAUUUUAUACGCUUUC